CCCUCUCUGCGAGGAUGCAGGACGGCGGUCCUGAGCUGUGACUCCUGACGGCUCCGUCUCUGAGACUGGAAGAAGUCGCGCUCCGGAAUCUGAUUUCUCUGCGUUUGAUUUUCUUGUAUGUAUGUUUAUAUAUAUAUUUAUUUUCUCUUCUGUUUUGAGUCUGUCACGUGCUAUCUUGCUGAACACGCUGGUUCUGGGAUGAUUUCAAUUAUGGGUCGAUUUGGGAUAACAUUUCCCCGGAGCCGCCGCUGAUGGUUCGAUCCCAGUCCGACCGGGUCCUCGCAGCGUGAUGGAUACAAAUGAGUUCGUCCUGCUGAAACUUUUAUUUUUGGCCUUUUGGGUUAAUACUUGGAUGAUGAGUGGGACAUCAGCCUCUGACACUUUCAACUUAGAGCCCACCAUUACCUGGCAGAGGAGGCUCUGCAACGAGUCCCGUCUCCGGUGGGAGGUGGAGGUCUGCGGAGAAGACUUCAAGCGGGACAUGGCUCACGUAGACCCGCAGCAAUGGUGCAACCUCACACACUUCAUGAGCGAGUAUCACCUCUUCACGCUCUGCACAGAGACGAAGGCCCACAACGUCGACUGCUACUGGCCCAACCCGCUGGUAGAGAGCUACAUCAUCCGCAUACACAAGCACCUUUUCUCCAACUGCACCAUAGAGGAGGUGAUAUGGAUGGACCCCCCGGACGACACGCUCACCGUCCUCAUCCUCAUACCGGUUUUCCUCACCUUGGCCAUGAUUGCUCUGGUGGUCUGGUGCAGCAAAAGGAGCGAUCUCCUGGCAUAGGACAUGAGAACACAAGAUGGAGAGGAAAAACUCAAACUAAGGACCAAAUCUCUUCAAUUUGUAAAAUAUAUUUUUGGGCGGUAUUAAAUGGUCCAUUAAUAGCACAGUAAACUAACUUAAUCUCUUGUUACCAGGGGUGAUGAAAAGCUUGUAUGUAUUAAAUUGUAGAUCUUGUCCCCUCUGAGGCAUUGUACUGUGUACCAAUGGCUCGUGUGUUCCUCUGUACAGUUGCUCGCUCUUUUGUUCAAGUGAAAGGAGUGGAGGGUAUAUUCCAAAUUAAUCCCUAAUCUAGCAUUUCAUUCAUAAGAAAUUUGACAUUAAGUGUUCAUUUAUUUUUACUCAUCCUUGUUCAACAUACAUGCAUAUUUUCUGUUAAUGCAUGUUCAAGUUCAUUCGGUGGAGUUAUUUUUCCGGCGUUGACUUCAGUGUUCUGAAAAGAUAAAGGUGUUAAACCAGAUUGUGUGAAAUUGGGAUGAGAGGCAAGAAUUUGAAUUUCUAACCUGUAUAGAAAUUUAGCAAGUGUCCAAUGUGAAAAUACUGAUUUAAGUCAAUUGAGACUUGGACGUCUCCAGCUGUGGCGAUUUGAAUUGAGGCAAAAAAAGUAUUUAGACUUCAAUUGGACUUUCCCUCAAAGACUUGAGAUCUGACUUGGAUUUGGAGCAAAAGUCUCAGACUUGUCCCUAAAAUAGUUCACUUGGUCUUAGGACAAAAGAUUUGAGAACUGAAAUGAACUUGCCUUCAGAGACUCAAUAAAUGUUAUUUUUAGAGUAAUAAUCUUUAGGCUCAUCUCUAGAAGACUUGAGCCUUGACUUGGAUUUGGAAGAAAUAUGACUUGUAGACGCCUGUGGAAGAAAUCAGAGCACAUGUAAUUUUACACAUUUGACGUUCACUCGCCCUUGUUACUUGUUGAACUUUUCUACAAAUUCGACCGCACUUCAGAUUUGAUCAAGAUUAGACGAAAAAUAUUUUUGACUCCAUGCAUUUGGUAUCUCCUCACUAAUGCUUAACAAGAUUGAAUAAAACAAACAAUCUUGUCUGAAGGAGUAGUAAAACGACGUUGUCUUAAAGUCACUACUGUUCUCACUUAAAGUGAACAAACAAGAUCAGAUUUAAGCUUUAGAGAUAAUUUUUCUUUUCCUUUUAUUUCUUUUUUUUUUUUUUUUUUUACCAUAUGUGACUAUUAAGCUAGCUGUUUCUGUGUGUCUUCUGUCUUUAUGCUAACCCAACCAGUUUCCUUGAGGCUUUCGACAUUGGGACUUUAAAUAAUCGAACUCCUCUGAGGUGAUGUGGGUUGUCUUGAUCGACCCUCACUGGGUUGAUUUGCCCAGGAAGGCAAUUCAGUUCUACAUUCUUGAAAUCUCUUGGAUGCAGACUUUUGACCCCGGAGAUUCCUGCCGGAGCACUGCAUCGCCGCUGAACGCCAAAGCAUCCACCGCGCCAGUGACCGACCUCUCCACCGAUGGGACAUCUUAGUCGCAGAGGACGCUGUAUUUAAAUAUUCUAUCGUCGCACUGUAUGAUGCGACGAUAGAUGCCUGGAAGGAAGCCGAAGUUGGGAUUUAUACUGUUUCAAGGAAUGUGAUAUUUAGCCUUGCUAAAUGACUGAAUGGAUCUUCACCACUGGAAAGAGUAAAUGUCACAAAGACAAGGGAAACACUUCGAUUUAUAUGUUUUGAGACUUGAAUUUUCAGUUGGACUGAUCCCCAAAAAGUCUGUUUUUGAAUCAGUAUAACUUAUAAGAUCUUGCCGUUGAAAUACUAGUACUGACAAAGAUGAGUUAUCAAUAGAGGCCAAAAUCUGUCUGUGCUGUCUACUGUAUCUUUAUUGCUUUUCCACUGUUACUCAGACAAGAGAUGCACACUGUCGGUUUAGCACAAGAACAGCCAACUAUUCAUUUGACUCCCUGAGCUUUUUCAGACCCAAAUAACUCUUAAAUGAAGUCAUCCAUGACUCUUGCGCCAUCAUUUUUGGAUAUCUUGGUAGUUCAAGUGUUAUGAAAAACAUCCAGAGUAGAGUGCUUUGAUUUAAUGUCCAAAAUGAACUUAAAAAAAAAAUCUUAUCCACUCUACUACAAAGCCAAGCUAACCAUGUUCCAGUAGGAUUAGCUCAUUGCUAGCUUAGAUUAGCAAAAGAUAAAUCACACUGAAUUUGGUCUCACAAACUAAACAGAGUUUGAGCAAAGGUAUGUUUUUAGCUGCAGAUUUUUAUGAAUCAUAAAUCGUCCGUAAGUGCAAAUAUAACCUAUUUUUAUUACUAAGGGAGCCAUGUGGGAUUUUGACUUAGAUGUAUCUCGCCUUUUAAACUGGGAAUCCAACAUUUAUGUGUAUUUUUGUGUUACUAAGAGUUUAUAAAUGCACACUUCUAAUUUUAAGUGAAAUGUAGCAUAAGCUAGGCACUUUUCUUUAUGUUGCAUCAAAGAAGGAUCACUCUCCUUUAGUAAGUUCAGCUUCUGGAGCCUUGAACAGACACCAUUUAUACUUGUUUGAAACCAUCGAGCAUUUUCAACACUAAAUUGUACACUGGAUAUGCAGGCUUGGCAUAACUAAAAGCAGAAAGUCAGCUGGUUUGUCAUAAACUUUUGAUAGGACACGAUGAAUCGGGCAAAGACAUUUAGCUACUGAUCAGACAAACACAGAAAGAAACCUCUGUCUCAUAGUCGCUGUUCAAAUCCACACAAUUAUUUUGCAAAGGAUUCAAUUUUCCGCUUGGUUUAUGCUCAGAAACACUAUCAAACUUUUUUUUAAAAUUAUCUUUCCAAAGUAUAAAAUUGAUUUUAAGAAUCUCAAUUUCUGACGUUAUGCGUGAACCUAAUAUCUGGAGAUGAUUAAUAUGUAUAUAUUACUGUCUUUCAUAGAAACACACAACAGUGAAGCCUCUUUCAAUUGUUCUUAAGCCUAAGUCUGUUUUUGUCAUGCUCUAAUUUUUCUUCUUGAAUUUUGAUGCCGUUAGUUAUGACAGGGUAGAAGACCUUUUCAAAACCCAAGGAAACAAAACUAUUUCAAAGACCAUGAUAAUGUUGUAGCAUUACCCAUAAUUUCUCCAUUCAAACACAUUUUCGGAAUAUUUCACGAAUGUUUAAGUGGAAAGUCCCCAAAAGAGGGAUCAGACAAGGAAGAUUAUGAAAUAAAGUAUAUAUCUCGCUGUAGAUGUUGCCUGUAAUAAGAUAACAUUUUCUAACUCAAUUCUUGAGGUGUGAUAUUAUCUAUUUAUAUCUUAUAUACACUUAAUGUUUGUUAAUGCUUUUAAAAUGUGCUUUUGGUGACCUUUUCUUUUUCACAAGUUUUUACACAAUGCGUGAAAUCUGCUUACUGAUUUGCCUUUGACCAGCUUUGCAUGAAACCCUUUGAGUGGGAAGAUAGUGUCCAGGGUACAGUAGUGUGUUAGAGCCACAGUCGGAAAAGAGAAACGGGCGGAGGACGGAUAGAGAAGGGGUGAAAAAAAAAUAACUCCCUUGAAAUGUUGUCUUUUCUAAAUAAAUAAUAAAGAAAG